AUGAGGGAGUUCAGCUUGCUGCUUCUGUGCCUCCUUCGCGUGUCCAGGAAGGGUGUGCAGUGCAACGGCUGGUCCGUCCAUGUCCCGGCUGAUGUCACUGGUGAGCUGGGGAAGACGGCUGUCCUGCCCUGCACUUUCACACACCCCUACAAAACGUUUGACCGCGCCCUCACUGCCAUCUGGAGGAUCAAGGAACCUUACAACGGCACAGUAGUGUUCAAGUGCGUUAGCCAGAGCGCCAGUGAGCUCUGCAAGACUGCCAUCAGCCACAAGAACAAGUACAAGCUGCUUGGCAACCCCCGGCACAAGGACCUCUCCAUCAGGAUCGACAACCUGACCUGGAGUGACAGCGAGAGGUACUUCUGCCGGGUGGAGCUCGCGGGAGACCUCCACGACAAGUACGAGAGCAGGAACGGCAUCAAGCUGCACUUGAUAGCUGCCCCCAGGAUCAUCAACAUCACUGUCAGCUCCAAUGGGGAUCGCACAUUCCAGGCCCGCUGCACUGCCGAGGGGGAGCCUGCACCUGCCCUCACCUGGACUGGACCACCCUACAGCAACCUCACCUCCACCACCAGCAUGAACCAUCGUGUCACCAAGGAGCUCCAGUACCUGACCCAUGAUGGGAAAUACACCUGUACUGCCAUCAACAGCCAUGGAAGAGCUGAAGGGGCUGUGUACUUCUACAAAUUCAAAGCCUCCAGCAGCAACUUCUUCCUGAUCCUGAUCUUUGUGCCACUAGGAAUUAAAGUGCUCAUUCUGCUGGUGAUGCUGAGCUUCAUUGUUUUCUCAAGAGGAGGUCCCUCCUCUGCCCCAUCCAGCCUGGCUUGGCCACAGCUGCAAGACUCCACCUACGAGAACUGUGACCGCAGGCACGGCAGCAGCCAGACUUUGCCAGCAGAAAGAAGGGCAUCAAGGCACAGCUGA